AUAAGACCCACACAUAUGUACAUUCUCUAUAAAUGGGUGGGGCUGGCUGCAAAGAAAGAAAAAAUGGCUUCUUCAGAGGAAAGCAAAUGGCGGGCCAUCUCUCUCAAAGCUACGGGGACUUUGUCGAUAAUAAUUAUAAUAACAGCAAUAUUCAUCAAACCACCUAAAGCACUUGAUACUUGUAAUUCUGUUAUCAAUUAUGGUCAGUGGGUUGGUGAGCAAUGGUAUCCUUAUCAGUGUCUUCUUAGCAGAUAUCACGUAACUAGGGUCUUAGAUAAUUGUGUGAAUUUUGAGGGUACUACGUCACAUAAUGUUUUAUUUAUUGGAGAGAAAUCAUUACUAAAGUAUUUCAAGAUAAUCGGAGAUGAAAUAAGUAACAAUGAAAUACCUGAUCUUACUAAAGAAAUACAAAAAAACAUUCCUUUGACAGUUAAUGUUGAAGAAAAACAAUUUAAUUCUGAUUAUUUAUGGAUAGAAAGACUGGAUCAGAGCAUCAUAGACUAUUACGAAAAUAACAUACAAAAAUUAUCAUCAAGAUUCAUGCCAACCCUAAUUGUUCAUCAACAUUUCCAAUACAUUAAUAAAAAAGAUGAAUUGGGAGGAGCUUCUAAUUCAUGCAAUGAACUGGUGUCUACGUUAAUCGCUUCACAAAUUAAAGUUUUGAACAAAGCAAAGGAGAAUGGUGCUCAAUUACCUACAAUUAUUAUGUUAUUAUAUGAUCAAGAGAUUCUAAGUGAGGAUGAUAGAAAAUGUCAAAGUUUUCUAAUCGACAGAUACAACGAGGCCAUUACUUCUCACGAGGAAUUUACUGAGUCGGUUGUUUUAUUUAAAUUAGAUAAAAGCAGAAAAGAUGAUCAAGGUAUUGAGCUUAUAGUUCACUUCAUAUGCAAGGACAGUCAGUAUGGCAAUUGCUGCAUUAGCUCUGACACAUCUUAUUAUUCUUCUGUCAUUGCACCGGCACUUGUUGUCCUGAUUGCUUUGUAUUGUGGUCUGGUAUUUGUGAGAGCUACAGGAACUUUGAUACCUCUAGAGCCAUAUUUUGAAGGAGCACUGAUCAAUUUAGAUUAUUGCUACUAUGUCAUUAACUUAAUUGGUACCAUAUUCAUAUCAUUGUUUUAUGCAGUAGCUACCGACAGGAUUGGAUACUUUGUCAUAGCUAGUCCUUGGCAGUCGUUCCUGUUGUUUUUUCUUAUCUCAAUUGCUAUUGUUUGUCUUGGAUUUAUGAAGAGGGAGACUGUACCUAAACAAUCUCCAGGAGGUGCAGUUGAUUGGUUGCCACGGGAACAGAUCAUUGAACUAAGAGGCGUGUCUGUACUAGUUAUGAUGUCAUUAGAAUAUUCAUACAUAUCUGAAAGUGGUGUUGGUUCAUGGGUGUGGUUAUGCAUGGUUGGACUCAUCUCCUUUGGAACAGCUUACGACUCUUUCAAUUACUAUUUUAACAACAAUGAUUACUCAAUUAAGAAAUUAAUAAAAGUUUUUUAUCGCUGUGUUAAUCUUGUUAUAUGGUUUUGCAUUUUCCUCCACUCCUCCAUUACAUUGUACACUGUACCGUUUGUCAUAUCACAGUCAAUACUAGUGGUCUACUUUAUUAUGGCAGUACCGCCUAGGAUUGGAGGGAGCUCCAAUAAUAUUAAUAAAAUUGUAUUCAUAUUAAAGCUAGUGUUUAAUCUGAUUAUACUCCUCAUUAUAUCUGCUGUUGAGUUUCAUGUUAUCGGUGAUUUUGCCACACUAUCUCCGAAUCGACAAUUGUGGAUGAUAUCGUUAAUAGUUAAAAUAUUAUCAGUGCUUGGAGUGUCCAUUGCUUUUUAUAAUAAAACUAAUAAUUCUUCAACUACAACAUCAUCGUCAAGGCAGCCAGUAAAAGCGCUAAUAUCAAUCUCCUCCUUUAUAAUAUACUUAAUAUUUUUGAGUCAGGCAAGGGUCACUUGGUACAGUCAAUUGCUGCAUUUGUUUCUAGUGUCUUUUAUGGUUCUUGGUUAUCUGAUUUUGCGUAAUUUUAAUGACAAGUUAAAGUCCAGUUAUAGUUUUGUGUACAAGUAUGUGGGUAGCAUGUCAAUAGAGUUGUACGUCCUAUUCCAGCAUAUUAUGUUGUCGUAUAAUGACAAAGGGCUUGUGUAUUUAUUUCCAUCUUAUUACUCUCUCAACCUGUUGGCUACACUACUAAUUCUAGUGUUUCUAUCACUGAGAUUCCACACGUACUCGUUUGAAAUUAAUAAUUCAGAAUUUUAUUUACCAGAGGAGGAGGAAGAGGAGGGAGAUGAGGAAGAGGCUAGAGACUAACUCUUGAUAUUUACAAUGGUUUCAAAUUUAUUUUAAUAAGAAAAUUAGAUUUAAUAAUAAUAAUUAUGUC